UCCCGAGCCCCGCCCCGCCCCGCCCCGCCGCGAGGACCGGAAGCAGCUUGGAGCCAGGCGUUCCCGGGGUUUCUCCCAGGCGGCUGUGGGCCAAUCCUUCCCAGCUGGGAGUUGUAUUUAAGGAGUGUCCAUAAGGAGAGUACUGCCUCCUUGAGGGGAGAGCCUAGCAGUCCUGAGCCAUUGCCAGUCAACAUGUCUGCAAAAUCGAGAGAGUCGUCAAUGUGCCUCCCACAAACUCCACAGGAGCCCGACAGGAUUUUAAUAGUGAAGAUGGAAGAGGAAGAACAGGCCUGUGAUCAGGACUCCAGACUCCAUUGGAGCAACUGCUGUAGCCCAGAGACCUUUCGCCAGCGUUUCAGGCAGUUUGCCUAUGAGGAUUCACCCGGGCCCCAGGAGGCUCUGAGCCAGCUCCGGGAACUUUGUCAUCAGUGGCUAAGGCCAGAGGAGCACACCAAGGAGCAGAUCCUAGAAUUGCUGGUGCUAGAGCAGUUCCUGGCCAUCCUGCCUAAGGAGCUGCAAGCCUGGGUGCACCUGCACCCACCAGAGAAUGGAGAGGAAGCUGUGACUCUGCUGGAGGAUGUGGAGAGAGAGGUUCAUCAGCCAGCUGAGCAGGUCUUUUUUGGACAAAGAAAGGACAGAACUGCAGAGAAGGUGGCACCUUGGGAAAUCACUGAGGACUUAGCAAGCAGUCAGCUCAAGCCUUUGAAGAAGCAGUUCCAGUGGGCACCGUGGGAGCUACACUCCUUAGGACGUCAUGAUGCAGACACCAAAACUACAAAUGUAAAAUCUGCUUCAAGGCAGAAGACUUCCUCAGGCAUGGGGCUGUGUGCUAAUACCCUUCAUCUGAGUGCCUCCCAGAGUUUCAUAUCUAGAGGAACCUGGGAACAAGGUGGCAGGUUUGAAAGAAAACAGGGAAACCUCUCUCGCAAAAAACAACACAAGUGUGAAGAAUGUGGCAAAAUCUUUAGUCAGAGCUCUGCCCUUAUUUUACAUCAAAGAAUCCACAGUGGAGAGAAGCCUUAUGCAUGUGACGAGUGUGCAAAGGCUUUCAGCCGGAGUGCAAUUCUGAUUCAGCAUAGAAGAAUCCAUACUGGGGAAAAACCCUUCAAGUGCCAUGAAUGUGGCAAGGCCUUUAGUCAGAGUUCAAAUCUUUUCAGACAUAGAAAAAGACACACUAGAGAAAAAGUCCCAUCAGUAUCAUGAGGGAAUCAAAGCACAUAGAGCUUUUACAGAUAAGACCCGACUCAAGUAACAAACACACCUUUAGUAUAAAUCAGUGGUUUUAGUGGGCACCAGUUUCCUUUCAAGGGUUAUAAAAGUCAUGGGAAAGGAUGUAGAAUAUCUCAUGUCAGCAUUAUUUGCUUUUCUGCUUAUCAGUGUAGGUCAGUUUAAAUGUUUGAGAUUACAAAGCUUAAUUCAGAGUUUUAUCCUUAAGCAGCCCUUGAAAAGACGUCUUCAGAUGUAUUUUACUAUUUCCAUUAUCAACCUAAAUGAUGAACUAGUGUAUUUCCUUUUUAGACAAAUGUUUUUUUUCCCUUUUGAGAAGGAAUGUGUUACUCAGUUUAAAAAUAGAUAUUGUCCUGUGUUUCAUAGAUUAAUCACUAGAAUUCUGAAGACCCAAAAUUCAACGGCUCUUUAAAAUUUUUCCAAUUUGGUCUUCUGUUACCAGAUUUACACUAUGAGAGCAGGAUUGAGGAGGCCUGUUAUGGCUUGGGUCUUAAAUGUCCCCCAAAGGUUCAUGUAGGAAAACUUGGCCCCUGGCUGAUGAUGCUCUGGGAAGGCUGUGGAACCUAUAGGAGGUGGAGCCUAAAUGAAGCAUGCUGGACCACUGGGGUAGUGCCCUUGAAGGGUACGUUGGAAUCCUGGCCCCUUUCUCUCUCUUUGCUUCCUGGCUGCCAUAAGGUAAGCUGCCUCCUCCGCGUUGAGCUCUGCACUGUGAGAGGGACUAUCUUGUCACAGGCCCAAGGACAACAGAGCCAAGCAAUCAUGGACUGAAACCAUAAGUCAAAAUAAAUCUUUCCUCCUUUUAA